AAGAUUAUUAGUUCUCGAUAUUUUUUCACCAUUUUCUUUUCACAACUUAUAAUUGUCACUUUGAGAAAAAAGAAAUAUGGGCCUAAAAGGUAAGUUAAUUGCUUCAAUAGAAGUAAAGUGUGGAGGACACUUGAUUCAUGAUAUUUUUCACACCAAUGCGCAUCAUGUACCCACUAUAAGUCGUGCUUUCAAUCGAUUUGAGAUUCAUGAAGGUGAAAUCGUAAAAAUUGGUUCAAUUAUUAGCUGGAAUUAUAAUGACGGUGGACAAAACAAGUUUACAAAGCAAAUUAUUGAAGACAUCGAUCCUCAUAAGAAAUCAAUCCGUUGGAAAAUCAUUGGAGGAGAUGUGUUGGAGAUGUAUAAUUCUUUUACUAUUGCAGUAUCUUGUGAACCUCAAUGGGUAACAUGGACAAUUGAGUACGAAAAGAAAACCGAAGAUACUCCAGAACCCCUCAUUGAAUUGGGUAUUAUCCUCGACUUAAACAAGGAUAUAGAGGGUCACCUUGUCAAGAAUUAAAAGCUCUAUCUAUCUUUUGUGUGUGUGUGUUUACACACAUACAUAUCUAUGUGUGUUUAUAUGAUGAAUAAUUGACAAUAUUGGCAAGUUUUAGCCGUCUUGUAAAAUAAAUAAUAUUGUGUUUGAAUAAUAUAUUUUAU